CCGGCUCCGCAGCGCCAGCUCGGCAGGCGCGGGGCGUGAGUCUGGAGUGAGACCCGCCAGGCUCCAACUCCGCAGCGCCGGAGCGCGGCGGGCAGCAACUUUCUCCCCGGAGCGGCCGUGGCGGCGGGAGCGGAAGCCGGGAGGAGGAAGGCGGCGGCUGUGGCUCCCGCCGGCUCGGGCUGCCUAGCUAGCCGAGACUGCCGGCCCGCGUAGCCACGUCCCCCCCGGGGAGCCCCGGGCCCCUGCCCUAUGUCCCGCAAGGCGAGCGAGAAUGUGGAGUACACGCUGCGGAGCCUGAGCAGCCUCAUGGGCGAGCGGCGCAGGAAGCAGCAGGAGCCCGACGCUGCGAGCGCGGCCGGGGAGCGCAGCCUGCUGGCGGCCGCCGAGUCGAGCAGCAGCCUGCAGAGCGCGGGCGCGGGCGGCGGCGGCGUCGGGGACCUGGAGCGCGCGGCGCGGCGGCAGUUCCAGCAGGACGAGACCCCCGCCUUCGUGUACGUGGUGGCCGUCUUCUCCGCGCUCGGCGGCUUCCUGUUUGGCUAUGACACCGGCGUGGUGUCGGGGGCCAUGCUGCUGCUCAAGCGGCAGCUCAGCCUGGACGCGCUGUGGCAGGAGCUGCUCGUGUCCAGCACGGUGGGGGCGGCCGCCGUCUCGGCGCUGGCUGGCGGCGCCCUCAACGGCGUCUUCGGCCGCCGCGCCGCCAUCCUCCUGGCCAGCGCGCUCUUCACCGCCGGCUCCGCCGUGCUGGCCGCCGCCAACAACAAGGAGACGCUGCUCGCCGGCCGCCUGGUCGUGGGGCUCGGCAUCGGCAUUGCUUCUAUGACAGUGCCAGUGUACAUCGCAGAAGUCUCACCACCCAAUUUAAGAGGCCGAUUAGUCACCAUUAAUACCCUCUUCAUCACAGGAGGGCAGUUCUUUGCAAGUGUUGUUGAUGGAGCCUUCAGUUAUCUCCAAAAGGAUGGAUGGAGGUACAUGUUGGGACUCGCAGCAAUUCCAGCAGUUAUACAGUUUUUUGGCUUUCUCUUUUUGCCUGAAAGUCCUCGAUGGCUUAUUCAGAAAGGACAGACUCAGAAGGCCCGUAGAAUUUUAUCUCAGAUGCGUGGUAACCAGACCAUUGAUGAGGAAUAUGAUAGCAUCAAAAACAACAUUGAAGAAGAGGAAAAAGAGGUUGGCUCAGCCGGACCUGUGAUCUGCAGAAUGCUGAGUUAUCCCCCAACUCGCCGCGCUUUAAUUGUGGGUUGUGGCCUACAAAUGUUCCAACAGCUCUCAGGCAUUAACACCAUCAUGUACUACAGUGCAACCAUUCUGCAGAUGUCUGGUGUUGAAGACGAUAGACUCGCAAUAUGGCUGGCUUCAGUUACAGCCUUCACGAAUUUCAUUUUCACACUCGUGGGAGUCUGGCUUGUUGAGAAAGUGGGCCGCAGAAAGCUUACCUUUGGUAGUUUAGCAGGUACCACCGUAGCACUCAUUAUUCUUGCCUUGGGAUUUCUGCUGUCAGCCCAAGUUUCCCCACGGGUCACUUUUAAACCAGUAGCUCCUGCAGGUCAGAACACUACUUGCACAAGAUACAGUUACUGUAAUGAAUGUAUGUUGGAUCCAGACUGUGGUUUCUGCUACAAGAUGAACAAAUCAACUGUCAUUGAUUCCUCCUGUAUUCCAGUUAAUAAAGCAUCUACAAAUGAGGCAACGUGGGGAAGGUGUGAAAAUGAAACCAAGUUCAAAACAGAAGACGUAUUUUGGGCUUAUAAUUUCUGCCCUACUCCAUAUUCCUGGACUGCACUUCUGGGCCUUAUUUUGUAUCUUGUUUUCUUCGCACCUGGAAUGGGACCAAUGCCUUGGACUGUAAAUUCUGAAAUAUAUCCCCUUUGGGCAAGAAGUACAGGAAACGCAUGUUCAUCUGGAAUAAACUGGAUUUUCAAUGUUCUGGUUUCAUUGACAUUUUUACACACAGCAGAAUAUCUUACAUAUUAUGGAGCCUUCUUCCUCUAUGCUGGAUUUGCUGCUGUGGGACUCCUUUUCAUCUAUGGCUGUCUUCCUGAGACCAAAGGGAAAAAAUUAGAGGAAAUCGAAUCACUCUUUGACAACAGGCUGUGCACAUGUGGCACUUCAGAUUCUGAUGAAGGGAGAUAUAUUGAAUAUAUUCGGGUGAAGGGAAGUAACUAUCAUCUUUCUGACAAUGAUGCUUCUGAUGUGGAAUAAUUUUCAGCUGCUGAUAGAUUUAGUUAUUUAAACAAACUUGGGGGAGAAGAACAGCAAUUGGUGACCUCACUGCCAUGUUUCUAAUCUGGUUCUUUCCACAGUCUAGUUUUAAAUGACUUCAUAUUCUAGAAUACUUGAUUAGGAGGAAGAUACAACCAUGAUGACAUUUUGUUUCAUGAGCAGGAAUACAAAAGAUAUAUAUUUACAUAGAUUUUAAUCUAAUAAUUGUUGAGCAAAUGUGUGUAAUCCCUUCUUGAGAUAGUCUAAAAUGAAUACUAUACCCAGUGACUUCAGUGGCAUCCUUUUUUCCUAAGACCAUAUAUAAUUUUAGUGGCAAUAGUCAGUGCUAAUCUAACCAAAUUACAUAUAUAUAUUUAUAAAGAAUUAUUUCACAUGGCAUUCUCCACGAAAAAAUGAAAAUUCUGGGAGAUGGUCCAAGGGUGUUCUAUGUCAAACAUGGCCUAUUGGCCCUAAAUUUUUCUAAGAGGUAGUAGUGGCUUAUCUGUGAUCAGCUGUCAGGAAGUAAAUUCCAUUUAAGCUUUCAUCAGCCAAUUCAAAAGUGCCUCCUACAAGGGCACAGCUAUUCUUUUCUCCUUUGGAUUCCAAGUUUUGAUUUCUGUCUCGAAUUCAGACAUUGAGAGUUCUUCAGAAACUGACUCUGCACAGGAUCUUUUGAAUAUAUCAAAAAGCAGGUCUUUUAGGGAUUAUUUUCAUACAUGUUUUUUGCAUUAGUUAUAAGUAUACUUUUGCACAGAUAAACUAGCAAGUUUUGGUAAGAAAACUGUCAGAAAAUAACAAAGAAAAGAUGAUUUUUAUGGAUUCUUAAUUGGUUAGUCAUUUAGAUAUGCAACUGUAAAUGCAAAAUAGUGCCAGAUAUUUAACUAUAUAUCUUAACUAUAUAUCAGGGUCAGUUUUUGUUCAUGCCAAAAUCACCACACCUUCCUCAUUGGCUCUGGAGUCCUAUUUUGUGCCUUCAUUUGUGUUAUAUAAAUAGCUGCACGCAGACUAUUUUUCCCUUUUGGUCAAAUAAUAAUUUCAGAAAUAAAAAAGAGGAAGGAAAUCAGUAGCAGAAAUAAUCCUGCUGUUACUGAUGUUUAAUUAAAAUAAUGGGACU